AAGUUGGCCUGUCUGAGUCUAUACAAGUCCUCUUGAGCACAAGAUCCACACAGACCUCGAGCAACAUCUCAGUGCCCAGCCUUCCCCUAAACCCUACACUCAUACAAGAGGGGAGAGGAUGCAGACUGCAAACAAUAUGAGCAAACAGUGGGAACAACAGGCACGGGCACUGAGUAGAGAAGCUCGAGGAGAGGGCCUGAAUCUAGGGAAGAAGAUCAGCACACCAAAGGAUGUAAUGAUCGAUGAGCUGAACCUGACAUCCAACAGAGGUUCCAGGAUGUUCCAAGAGAGGCAGAAAAGAGCGGACAGAUUCACAGUAGAGAACACACCAGAUGCGCAUGCCAUAAUAUAUGAUGGUCUGGAUCAGAAGCACGUCCAGCACCAGGUCCAGGCAGCAUCACAGGCCCAAGGAGGGAAGGAGAACAUGGCAUACCCCAUAGCUGGUAAACAUAGUCUGGUUACCACUCUGAUGGAAACUGUCUCCAAGAAAGGCAGUCCCAGCGUCUUUGCCCCAGGCUACUCUGGCCCUUUGAAAGAAAUUCCGCGUGAAAAGUUCAACAUUACCAUAAUCCCCAAAUCCUACUGUUCACCAUGGAGAGAGGCACUGAGGGGCAAUGAAGAUCUACUGUCCUCCCUAGACCCACAGCUGCCUCAACCAGAGAAACUUCAACCUGCAAACUACAGAUGCUUCAACAGAGUUGCGAUGCCAUUUGGGGGUCCCAUGCUCAGUAAGAGAGUUAUUCCCACCAUCAACUUUGAGGUAGUGGAGUCCCAGGAUUUGCCAGGCUCCACAGUGGACAGGCUGGUCAAACGGCCCAACUUCAACAGAGCACCUCGGGGCUGGGCCACUGGUUACUUACCCGAGUCUAAUGAACUCUGAGUCCAUCAGGGUCAAAGCCCCAUCUGCCUAAAUUUACUUACGACUGAGAGCCUGUGGCACUCACUGUUCUGGUGCCUCUUGAUCAUAGACAAUAACUUUGGGGUUGCUGCAGAAGAAUAUCAGAUUUUAACCAUAGCUAACCAGUCAUAAAGCUACAACUGGUAUGCUAACUGGGAUAAUGUAGGUCUUUGAGAGAAAGGUUAAAUCAUUGUAGUAGGCAGUAACUGUAGUCUAAAAGCUUAAGACAAAUGCACUGUUAUAUAACAGUUAUAUAACUAAAUUAAUUUAUUUAAAUGGUGUUAAUGCAAAAGCUUGCCAGAAUAUGAUUCUCAGUAAAAUGUUGUUAUUUUGCCCUUAAAAGAACAAUACACCUGAAUGACUGGAAUAUAAAAUUUUUUUUUAUCAUUAAUUAACAUGUGAUUUUCAACAGUGUCCAAGAUUUAUUUUUAAUUACAUUGAGGUUUUUUUUUUUUUUGUUUAAACUUUUUUCAUCUACAUGUGGAUCUAUUUUUACUUCAUUUAAUGGUUUCCUACAUUACCCACAAUGCCUUCGACCGCCAGCUAAUAGUGACUCCAGUGGGAUUUAGCUUUCAUUUUGUUUAAUCUCUACCCAAAGAGAGCGAUGCAGCAGCACUUUAAUCCUUUAGUCACUCUGCUCAAACAAAUUAGGUUCGAAAGCUUCAACUUUUUAUGCUAAUAUUACCAUCAACACCAGCAUGUUUGCCAUCUCGCAGAUCACGUAAUAGCUGAGUAGAGUCUCUACCAUAACUUAGCACAACUGUGUCGUAUAACUGCAUUGCAUUCUUGAACUUUGUCUGCUGUCUCCAUUACUUCUACACUGGAUUUCUCAUUAAUGUCUUUAACACCGCUGUAAUAUGGUGAGUGAGAAACGAACCUCUUGAUCUUUUGUUUUUAGGAUCCAAACCUGACUGUUAUGUCUCAGGUCUGAGAUUAUUGAAAAAUGUUCUCCUAUUAAACACCAUUGUAACUGUG